AUGUUUGGAAACGUAUGCUGGGUCGUGGAGUACGCCGUCGCUAUGCUGGGUCGUGAAGUCGUGAAUCGCAUGAACCGAGAAAAACUGGAAAGGCAUCGUAGAGGCCCGGGGGGUUUUCGAGCGGAGACGGAGAUGGAGGUAUUCGACGAAGCGGAGGAACGACAUUGCCGGACUCGUCGGGCGGAUGCGAAGAUGUGA